UACUAAUAGGGCUUAACUGCUAUCGAACAACACCGACGCGCUGUAAAAGACUACAAAUCCCUCAAGUCCAGCGGAAUGGAUGGUUUCUCUCGACCGCCCCCCCCCUCUCCACUUCAUCAGCUACCCGCAAUCUCAUUCAGAGAGUCCGCUCCGAGGACAACAACUAGCCUACCUCCUCCUGCCCUAGAAUUCGACGCAGCUGUUGGGACAGAAUAGCGGAUCGACUACCUUCCGAGGACCUUCCGAGCACUGACAAGUAACAAAGAGCUAUCAAAUUGGCCACAUGCGGAAUCCGUAAACAUUGCAAACAUGAUCACAGAGAACAUGACUCUAAACACAAAGCUGUUCUUUUAAUUUUACGUGAUUAUUGCGCUCUGAAAACAAUCUUUGUUUAUGUUUGCUCGCUUAUUUUCCUCUAGAGAACAAUUGUAGAUACCCAGCUAAUGUGAGGGCAAUAUCUAAGAUAUUUAAUGUAAUCCUGGCAGAAGAGGAUCAAUAUAUGGAUUUACAUAUUAUGCCACUAGAGUGCUAGAAUGCUAUAAUAGUGACAUGACUGAUAAUGAACAGGUCAGACACAAGUUGUUGGAGAUGUAAACAGCAAUGCAAAUAAAUCAUGCUAUCUGCUAGAGGGGCGACCACCUUCUUUCCUCUACUGACAGAGCUGCUACUUCGCUUAAGCUCUCAGCCCUGUGGUAGCAGAGUGUUGUGUGGAAGUAGUGAGCAAAUCUAAGAAGCUCCCCCAGGACAUUGUUACAGCUUUAACUUUCCCCCACCAUGCCUUCUUCGGACAAUGACGAGACGGGGAGUGACAUAUCAGAGUCUCUGGUAGUGCAAGACUUCCAGAGUCAAUACGGGGACGCGGCGAACUACUACAAGUCGAAAAGUUUGCCGAUCCUCAAUGGGGGUUGCGUGCCCAGGGCAGAGAUGCUGGAGCCGAGGAUGGUGUGCACGACGCAGACUUCCAUCAACGCCGACGAGAGCUCUGUGCUGAGCGAGCUCCAACAGAAAACGGACUCCAGCCUGGCCGAGUCACCCACCAGGACUGACCUUUCACCCUCGGCAUCCAGCAUGGUGGGACUGAGCAGCUCGCUGCGGGUGGAUGCCAACCGGGCGGCGGGCAAGAAGCUCGGCUUCUCCUUCGCCAGCCUGGUGCGCUUCCCGGCCCGGAAGUACGCGCGGGUGAUCCUGUCGGACUCGCGCUGCUUCCUGUUCUGCAUGUGCUACCUGACGUUCAUCCAGUCGCUGAUGGUGUCCGGCUACCUCAGCAGCGUCAUCACCACCAUCGAGAAGCGAUACAGCCUGCGCAGCUCCGAGUCGGGCCUGUUGGUCAGCUGCUUCGACAUCGGCAGCCUCCUGGUGGUGGUCUUCAUCAGCUAUUUCGGGGGCCGGGGCCAGCGGCCCCGCUGGCUGGCCGUGGGGGGGGUCUUCAUUGCGGUGGGGGCUGCCCUGUUCUCCCUACCUCACUUCAUCUCGCCACCGUACAAAAUCCAGGAGGUCAACUCGUCCAGGGGCAACGAGGGCCUGUGCCAGAAUGCCAACGGAAGCGGAGGCCGUGAGACGCUGGAUGUGGCCUCGUGCCCACGCGACCAGGAGGGCAACGAACACUCCGUCUACGUGGCACUCUUCGUUUGCGCCCAGAUCCUGGUGGGCAUGGGGUCCACGCCUAUCUACACACUAGGGCCGACCUAUCUGGAUGACAACGUGAAGAAGGAGAACGCCUCCCUCUACCUUGCUAUCAUGUACGUGAUGGGAGCACUGGGUCCUGCGGCGGGGUACCUGCUUGGGGGAGUGCUGAUCGGGUACUACGUGGACCCCACGACCAUUGUCAACAUAGACCAGAGUGACCCUCGCUUUGUGGGCAACUGGUGGAGUGGCUUCCUGCUCUGUUCCAUCGCCAUGCUGCUCGUCAUCUUCCCCAUGUUCACCUUCCCCAAGAAGCUCCCGCCGCGCCACAAGAAGAAGAAGAAGAAGAAAAAGCUCAGCGCCGACGACGACGACGUCUCCAGCGACGACGACGUGAUGAAGGAGAAGUCCAACAGCAAGGGCCAGAACGUCACCUCCUCCAUGGGCUUUGGCAAGGACAUCAAAGACCUACCCAAGGCAGCUGUGCGGAUCCUGAGCAACAUGACGUUCCUGUUCGUCAGCCUGUCCUACACGGCCGAGAGUGCCAUCGUCACAGCCUUCAUCACCUUCAUCCCCAAGUUCAUUGAGUCACAGUUCGGAAUCCCUGCCUCGGCGGCCAGCAUCUACACUGGUGUGAUCAUCGUGCCCAGUGCAGGGGUGGGCAUCGUGCUGGGCGGCUACAUCAUUAAGAAGCUGAAGCUGGGGGCGCGGGAGUCGGCCAAGCUGGCCAUGAUCUGCAGCGGGGUCUCGCUGCUCUGCUUCUCCACCCUCUUCAUCGUGGGCUGCGAGAGCAUCAACCUGGGCGGCAUCAACAUCCCUUACACCACAGGGCCGACACUCACCAUGACGCACAGGAACCUGACGGGCAGCUGUAACGUGAACUGCGGCUGUAAGAUCCACGAGUACGCCCCGGUGUGUGGCUCAGACGGCAUUACCUACUUCAACCCCUGCCUGGCUGGCUGCAAUACCCUGGCCAACGACAGCACUGGGAUCCGUAACUACACAGACUGUGCGUGUGUUCAGAGCCGGCAAGUCAUCACUCCCUCCUCCGGCGGCCAGGGCAACCAGCUGCAGCUGGUCAUCGUCAAGACCUACCUGAACGAGAACGGCUUCGCCUUGUCGGGGAAGUGCGACCGCACCUGCAACACGCUCAUACCCUUCCUCAUCUUCCUCUUCAUCGUGACCCUCAUCACGGCCUGUGCACAGCCCUCCGCCAUUAUAGUCACCCUCAGGUCUGUGGAGGAACAGGAGAGGCCCUUUGCCCUGGGGAUGCAGUUUGUGCUGCUGAGGACUCUGGCCUACAUCCCCACUCCCAUCUAUUUUGGUGCAGUGAUCGACACUACGUGCAUGCUGUGGCAGCAGGACUGCGGGGUUCACGGCUCGUGCUGGGAGUACGACGUCACCUCCUUCCGCUUCGUCUACUUUGGCCUGGCGGCCAGCCUCAAGUUCGUGGGCUUCAUCUUCAUCUUCCUCACCUGGUACUCCAUCAAGUACAAGGAGGAGCGUCAGGAGCGCUGGCGCCAGUCUCUGCCCCCGUUGGGCACCGUCAGCGACAUGAUCUGCCACGUCGGCGGGCACAAGAGCCACGCCCGCACCCGCUCUUGCCCCGUUUUCACCCCGCGGCCUGAGUCUGGAGACACCGCGCACGGCUCAGCUCACCAUCAUCCUCAUCUUCAUCACCUUCAUCACCAGUACCCCACAACCGGUCCGCUUCUGGGCCUGGGUCUAGGCCACGGGCAUCACAACAGCCACAGUUGCCCUGGUAACGCGCUAAAAGCAAUAACCCCGCCCAACCGCUCGCUGCAGGAGGUCGCCGCGCAAAUCUGAGGUGCAGGCCCCGCCUUUUUCCACCUCAAGACACACAAACACACACUCGCAGGCAAACACACACUCGCAGGCAAACACACACAGCCCUCUCCCGUCAUCCGCCAUGUGCCUUCCUGUCGCGCUCUUCUCUUCCAAACAUGGCUGCCAAACACCGACUGACUGAUAGACACACACACACACACACACAUGGACGGACAGACAGACAAACAGAGAAUCUCCCCUGACCUUCUGAGCAGUCUGGGCAGAGCCUGUUAUGCCAGUGCUGAAAACUGUUCCUGACUCCUUUCUUUUUCAGUGCAUAUCGUCUGGCGCUCGUAGCCACCAGGAGCACGAACACCGAGCUAACUUCAGAGAUUCUUGUUUUUUUUUUUGCAGUCAAAUGUGUAUUUCAAGACAUCACAAGGUGCUAAGUUGAGAGAAAGGGGACACUGUACUCGUCUGCGUUCCAUCUUGUACUGUACGUCAUGGUGACUUAUCAAAAAGCUGCAAUUGAAGCACAAAAUUGAAACCUGUACUAUGCAAGCUACUGUAUCCUCCAGUCUUGUGCUACACAUAGCUGUACUGUCUACAGAUUCACCUUUUAACUACAAUUUACCAGUCCCUUCAAGGAUUUUGCAAUCGUGAGUUUUCACAAAUCCAACCAAAUUCAAGGAUUUCCCGUAAUUGCAAUUGCCACAUUAUUACCUCAAUAUUUCAGCAAAAAAUGCAUUAAAGGAAUGUCUGCGUUAUUUGUGAUCAAUUUAAUUAACCAUUAAUCAUCAUAAUUUUAACUGCAAUUUAUUGAUAAUUUCAGCAGCAAAUUCAGUCACUCUUGGCCACCGCAAUCACAACAAACCCUUGCAAGAUCCUGGAAUGACUGCGUUACGACGAGACAAACAUCGUUUUCUCGUGUUGAAUGUUACGAGGGAUGAAGGAGAUGUGAUUCAUGUGGAUCAUAACAUAAGACGUAUGUGCUCAUCGGUGUUUGUGACUGGGGUAAGAGAUUUCCGGACAGAAUCCCUGUUCAGCCACCCCCCACUCCAAACAGUGCCUCAACGCUGCGCAGCCUCAGACAUGUGUGUGUGCCCGGCAGCAGCAGCAGCAGCAGCAGCAGCAGCAGCAGCUCAGACAUGUGUGUGUGCCCGGCAGCAGCAGCAGCAGCAGCAGCAGCAGUCAGCCUUCUCCAAGAACCUUACUCUGUCAGAGUCAUCUCAACCAUCACCAUCAUCGGUGUCUUGAGGACCUCUCUCUUUCUCUCUCAAACACACACACAAACACACACACACACACACACACGCACACAAACACAAAAACACACACACACUUGACAUUAUUCAUACCAAGUACUGUGUGAUGCAUUGACAGUUCUCCGUUUGAGGGUGUUGUUGCAUUGGAGGGAGCCUAAAGGGUACUUAGCCCCAGUCUAAGAGCUGGGAGUGCAGCACAUGCUGGUCCUGCACUCGCCAAAGCCCACAGGCCACCACGCAGCCACAACAGAGUCUACCCGCGGACAUUCAACACACCGGGCUCUGAAGACUUCCUGCUCAAGGAGGAGAAAAAUAUGACUGUUGUUUGGCAAAGACGUGUCAUUGAAACUGAUGACGAGCUGAAACGCCGCCUGCACGAGUGCCCUCGUGAACAGAACAGUGCCACUGCUUCUCUCCGAAAGCAAACGUGAGCGAUGAGAUUCAACAUGUGGGAAUGUUAAGUGCAUUAACUGCUAAUUAGACUGAAGGGAGUUAGAUUUGUUCAAUUUGAAAAGGAAAACGUUAGAUGUUUUCUCCUCAUGUUUAUUUUGUAUGGGGACGGGGGAUAUGGCCUCUGUAUUAACAGUAUAUUCAGAUUGUCAGGGCAAACUACUGAAAAGGUCAAACUGAUGUUAUAAUCCGCAACUGCAUCAGUUGGCUCAGCAGUGUGUUAGGCUUCAGUACUCUUAAAAACAUCAUCAGUGUCCGUAGGAGUUGCAUAUUAGUGCAUUCUACAUUUAAACUAGUGCAAUAAGCAUGCAUUCAGUGAUGCCCCAAAAAUAUCAAUAUAUACAGAAAUGUUUUAAACAGAAAAUAGACAUGUUGUGUAAAUAAUGGCUGUUAUUUGGAUGGUACUCUACUUUCAAGGUGUUCUAGCACCCCCUACUGACCAAAGGUGACAUGGACAAGAUGAAUCUGGCCAAAAAUUGUUUUAUUCUGAUUGAAUAGACAUCUCUAGACACGAAAGACAUUAAUAUCAGUAUUGUUGCUGUUCUAAUACUUGGGACAGGUUUAGGCAUAGGAGAGAACUACGAUUUACAAGUGUGGAGGAUUGUGGGAAGUGAUCUUUAAAUGUGAAAUAUACUUGGCCAUUCUAGGAGAGCAGAUUUUGAGGCGAGACUAUAUAAAACUUCUGAGCCAUUUGUGUCCAGAUCACCCAAAAAUAAGCAAAGCAAAAAAGUUUAAUAUUAUAUGUGACAAUUGUGUUUGGACAAACAGUGUAUUCAGCCACACUGUACCUAGUGCUUUUAACAAGAUUUGUAUUUAAAUCCAUGUUUCCUAAUGCCAUAGCAAUGUAAAUAUUUUCAGUGAAGUCUGAAACAUAUUACGGUAGAACUCAUCUAGCUAGAUAUCUAUUUAACGGAUUUAAAUGAAUUAUAGACAACAAAAAUGCUAAACAAAAGUAAAUCUGACUGGAAACAGCAUAUUCACGUUUCUGUGCCUGAAUUACCUACAGUAUCUAUAAUGCAAGACGUGUUGAAAAUAAUUUGGCGGAGGGAGGGUUGCCUUGUAAUCAGGAACUGCAUCCAAAUCUGUUCUUAGAAUUCCAAUUGGCUAGACACCUGCAAGCCCUUGCUGUUCUGUACACAUCAAACAUUUUUGGAAACAUCGACAACCCUGCCUCCAGGAUUAAUGACAAGAAAAUGCCGUUUUUAACGAAUGCUUGGAUGCUGUGGAGGUGGUGUCAUCAUCUAAAGGGCGGGGGGAGGUGGUUGGGAGCUGGUGGGGGUCGAUAUGUUUGUUUGGACAGCUCGUGACACAAGAGAAGUUGGACAUCUACCAAACAGCUACAUACCUCUUCUCUCGCGAUGUGGACACAGCUCUGCUCUCUCUUAGUGCGGUCGGCCUACUGUACGUGGCGUGUAGAAGAUAUGGGGCCGCGGACUCAAAUCAUAUGGAUUAUUUCAGGUAGACUGUAGACUACUUUUCCUCCUCUUUCAUUUUUAUCAAUAUUUUGUGUAUUUAUUUAAUUACGAGCAGAUGUAUUCAAAAGGUGAAACGCUUGCUUUGUGUUCCUCAGGAACAGAAGCCAAUACAUCAUUUGUGAACGGUUUGUUUACAAAUACCUUGAAUACUUGAUAUUUGUCAUUAAAAUCGGUAAAAACAAA